GAUAGGUCGGGUUUCAUGUGAGCGCAGUCUCCUUCAGCUCGUCCUCCAACCAGCCAAGCCUGCCUCGCCCGUGCGGUCUGAGGAAAUCUGUCUUAAAGUCACUUGAGCUCACCUCCACAUACUUCUCCGACCGAAACUAUGGCCGUGCCUCCUUCAUAUGUUGAUCUGGGCAAGUCUGCCAAGGACAUCUUCAACAAGGGCUACGGAUUCGGCCUGGUGAAGCUCGACGUCAAGACAAAGUCAGCCAGUGGAGUGGAAUUCAAAACAUCUGGAUCCUCCAACACCGACACCAGCAAAGUCAUCGGCAGCCUUGAAACCAAAUACAAGAGGGCAGAGUAUGGCCUGACCUUCACUGAGAAGUGGAACACAGACAACACCCUGGGAACAGAAAUCACCAUUGAAGAUCAGAUUGCUAAGGGACUGAAGUUGACUUUUGACACCACCUUCUCACCAAAUACUGGCAAGAAGAGCGGCAAGGUCAAGACCGCCUACAAGCGCGAGUACGUGAACUUGGGCUGCGACGUGGACUUCGACUUCGCUGGCCCCACCAUUCACGGGGCAGCCGUCGUCGGCUAUGAGGGCUGGCUAGCUGGCUACCAGAUGACCUUCGACACCGCCAAGUCCAGAAUGACCCAGAAUAACUUCGCCAUCGGCUACAAGACGGGAGACUUCCAGCUGCACACAAAUGUCAACGACGGAGCAGAGUUUGGCGGCUCCAUCUACCAGAAGGUGAGCGACAAGCUGGAGACUGCCGUCAACCUGGCGUGGACUGCAGGCAGCAACAGCACACGCUUUGGCAUCGCCGCCAAAUACCAGCUGGACAGGGAUGCCUCCGUCAGCGCUAAAGUGAACAACAACAGCCUUGUUGGUGUUGGCUACACCCAAACCCUUAGACCAGGUGUGAAGCUCACCCUGGCCGGCCUGGUCGAUGGCAAGAACAUUAACGCCGGAGGCCACAAGCUGGGUCUGGGCUUGGAACUGGAGGCCUAAGCUUCUCAUCCCACACCAUGCAACUCCGGAAUAUCAGAGGAAAUUUGGCCUUACGCAUUUCCCAACCAGCAAAAGGGGGGACAUCUUGGAAGAGAUCGAGUUCACAAAGGCUACGACAACAAACUCUUAACUUGUUGAGUGAGCACCACAGUCAUAGUGGUUCUUUUCUUUUUUUGCUUUCUAGUUGCGAGAGUCAGGUGGCAUAUUAUUUAUAUAACUAACAUCAUGGUUCCUAUCCAGCACUGCCAUAAAUCCAAUACAGUCCCAGUUGUGCGUGCA